AUGGGCGGCGGCGGCGAACUCACUCCCACCAGCACCCCCUCCUCACCGUCGAGCUCGUCGGAGUCCCUUCCUCCUGAGUUCGCCGAGUACGUGGCCGUCUCGCCGGUCUCCGAUGACGACGGAUCAGAUGAGUGUUGCGUUUGCGACGACGACGAGGUGGACGCCAUCCGUUACCGCCAACUGCGUGAGGCGAAAGAGGUCCACUUCAACCGCCAACUGCGUGAGGCGAAAGAGAUCAUCAGGAGGUAUAAGCCUGGUGACUGGGUUGAAGGAGUUGGCGGCGCAAAGGCUGGACAUUUUCUCUUGCCUGAGAUCACCACAUUGCUGCUGGUGGGCCCUAGAGGUUCUGGCAAGAGCACACUUGUAAACCGAAUUACAAGGGUCUUUGACAAGGAUGAUGAUCCUUUUGCACCAGCUCGAGCACUGGUGUCAUGCAAUUCAAAAUCAAAUGGUACAAUCUUUCUUCGUGAGUAUCCAAUUCCAAGGAAUUCAAAUGCCAUAUGUGUUUAUGAUACACGUGGCUGGUCAAAUGACCCAGAGAAAAAUUUCAAAAUCCUGCAUCAAUGGAUGACAAAAGGAAUAAGCCAUGGGGAGACAACAAUGUGGGAUAAUGAUGAAGGCAAUAAGACAGGGGACAUCAAACCAUUGGGGAGGCAAUACAGUUUUCUUCGUUACAUAACCCGGAAGGUCAAUUUCGUGAUAUUUGUUGUUGAUGGUGUCGCUGUCCUUGAGUCAAUUGAUAGCAACAAUAAAGGAUACACUGAGAUACUCUAUCAAACUUUUAUGUAUCCGUUCUUAUCGAUUGGAGAUGACAAACCUGUUGUUGUUGUCACACAUGGUGAUAGACUAUCGAUACAGCAACGUGCUCAUGUUCAAAAGGAGUUAGCAGAGCUUCUAAACAUUCCUGCCCAGCAAAUUUAUGAUAUACCAGGAUCUGAUGAUUACCAAACUGAUAUGGCUGUAUUGGAUAUGUUACAUUACUGUGUCCGACAUGCAGAGCAGAACCUCCCUGUUAAAUUGAAUUACCAUUUAGAGGUGCUUGGGCGUGAAACUCUUAAUAAAAUGGCAGAGCAAUUGAUGGGCUUAGAUGCAGUCAUUGAAGUCGCCAUUAUUUUCCUAUGCAUUGUAAUCCUUCUGCUUCGAUUUUCAGAUAAAUUGGUGCAGGCAUAG